AUGGAGAGGAACUACGGAACACAACUAACAAUAUCUUAUUUACUUGUUCUAGGUUGCAACUGUUCAGCGUUGGGGUCAGAGAGCAACGCCUGCGACAUACGCACCGGACAAUGUCGCUGCAAGCCCCACGUUACCGGCCGUGCCUGCGACACGUGCGAGGAAGGCUACUGGGGGCUGUAUCACGGCGGGUGUCGGCGAUGCGAGUGCGGCGCGGGGGCGGCAGCGUGCGAGCCGACGACGGGCGCGUGCGCGUGCGCACUGGGAGUUGGAGGCGCGCGAUGUGACCGCUGCCUGCCCGGGUACUACGGGUUCGGACCCGCAGGAUGCCUGCCCUGUCCGGAGUGCAGCGACGGCAAGGUGUGCUCCACAGCAAACGGUCGGUGCGUGUGUCCGGCGCGGACUCGCGGGCCGGGCUGCUCUCAGUGUGCACGCGGCUUUUGGGGCCGGGCACACGGCUGUUUGCCCUGUACUUGUGGACCUGGAGCCCUAUCGUCGACGUGUGACCCAGUAUCGGGGCAGUGUGCGUGCCGCCCCGGCUGGAGCGGCAGGGACUGUGAGCGGUGCGCGGAGGGUCACUUCGGGCCUCGCUGCCGGCUCUGCGGCUGCGUUAUCGCCGGGACACUCCACUGCCGGGAUGGCGUCUGUCCCUGCGAUGACCACGGACGUUGCCCGUGUAAGGAGAACGUAGUCGGCGACAAAUGCGACACGUGCCUAGAAGGUACGUUUGGACUAUCGGAGGACAAUCCGUCGGGGUGUACGGCGUGUUUCUGCUUCGGCCGCAGCGCGCAGUGCACGCAGGCGGAAGUCACACGAGCGGCGUUGCACGCACCUACUCCGCUACACCUCACUCUGCUGCGGGGUGACUCCAUCACCACUGUGGAUCAAGACUCUCUGCUUGCCGUCCACACCCGAUUCCCAGAAGCAACAAUAGCCGUUCCCUGGCCGCCCGUACCAGUGUACGUGGAGCUCGGAGAGUUGUUUCUUGGUGACCGCGUUAUGUCGUAUGGCGGAGCAUUAAGGUUCAGUGUCGAAGAAGAGGGUGGUGAGGAACUAUCAGCCGAUUCCCUAGACAAGUUCCCGCUUGUCAGGCUGUAUGGACGCAAUCUUGUCUUGGAUUAUUAUGAACGCGUGCCAGCGGUGAACGGUUCGCACGCGGUGUGGCUUCACGAGUCGCUGUGGCGUGUACGCGGCCAAGGGCAAGGGCAUGGGCAUGAUUACGGACAAGGCACAGCAUCGCGUGCUGCCCUUAUGCUGGUUCUGCAGCGUCUCACGCGCGUGCUGCUGCGGGUCUCGACGCGCGCGCCCGCUCAUCAGGAUCCCGUACACGUUUUGGUGCUGAAGGUAUCGCUGGAGACGGCGGUGCCGGGGCUGAGCCGCGGUGCACCAGCUCUGGGCGUGGAGCGGUGCGCGUGCCCACGCGGGUAUGCGGCCGCGUCGUGCCAGCGCGCUGCCGCCGGCUUCUGGCUGCCGGCGAGCGAGCCGCGCGCUAGCAGUGUGACCGGCACCAUCGUCAUCAGCGUCGACGCGGUCGCGCGGCCCUGCGCCUGCGGCGGACGCGCCACCGCCUGCAACCCUGACACUGGACAUUGCUUGAACUGCACGGGUGGGACGGACGGUGCGCACUGCGAACGCUGUGCCCCGGGAUACUUUGGCUCGCCAGACGCACCGGCCGGCUGCCAGCCCUGUGCCUGUCCGUCACGCGACAGGAACUUCGCGAGCUCCUGUGCCAUGGUCGGGGGGAGCUUACGCUGUCGAUGCUUGCCUGGGUACACGGGCGUGCGGUGCGAAGCAUGCGCGGUGGGGCACCGGCGCACAGCGGGCCAGUGCGUGCCGUGUACGUGCGACGCGCGUGGGGCACUACAGACACGCUGUGACGCGCACGCACGCUGUCGAUGCAGACUUUUUGCAGCUGGACCGCGCUGCGAUCACUGCGCGCUGCCGCGACACUUCCUUGACGAGGACGGCUGCAAACCUUGCGACAACUGCACACAAACACUGCUCAAUGAUGUGGAAAGAUUGACCACCAACCUACGCACCGACGCUGACUUGACGGAACUCAGCAGAAUACCACAGCCGUUCCCAGCCCUCCGAGAAUACGCACACAACACUUCAUCACUAAGAAACGAUCUUUUUGUCUUAAAGAAAGAUAUAGAACAAUCGAGAAACGUUGAUAACUUCCUUAACGAUAUGGAGGUAAGAGAACACGGCAUAUUCACGAUUGCAAAUAGAGUUAAACUAGAAGCAGCAAGAAGAGAAAAAGAAGCUCAAUAUUUAAGCUUAGAGAGCAUGAGCUGGUUAGAAGAGGUUUUAAAACAAAGAAGGCUCCUGGGAGAACAGGUCGCGGCGUUGGAUGAUUUUGCAAGAGGAGAGAAGCAUAUGAGUGCACAUAGAGCGAUAAAGGAAGCCAGGCACCUGUUAAAGAAUAUAAGAGAAAUUACAUUAUCGGACUAUAUGACUGGAGCUGCGGACGUGUCUGACUCUGCAAACGUACAAUCUACGGCGAUUCAAGAAUACAAAUACAGAAUAGAAGAUAUGUACAAGCGCCUACACAAGUUACAAACUUCGCUUGAGGAGUGGGAAAAGAAGGCAGAUGAUCUACCGCGCCUGGCAGAUAUUGUGUGGACUGCGGGGGACACUGUAUCCGAGCUGAGGAAACAAGUGACUUCAAGAUUGGCUCAUGUGAGAGAUGUCGGAUUACGUUGUCGUCUUAUGUUGGAAGACAUACCAAACCUCUCAUCGCAUAACAUGACGGAUGAAACUAGAUCACUGUUGUUACAAACGCAAAAUUUGGCAGUUGGGUUUCCCGCUCUUAAUGAUCAGUUGGUAGCACUGACAAAUGCCGCUGAAGAGAAAGAAGGAAUACUAUACAACCUGACACCGACGUACAAACAAAAAUAUUUGGAGGCCGUGGAGAAACACGCCGCCGAACUGGGAAAGAAGGCCAGAGAAUAUAAAAGCCUUUUUGCGGGCACCCGAGCGUUAGCGUCAGCAGGUGUACAGGCGGCCCACGCAUGGGCAGAAGUGGCGGAGGGCGUGGGAGCCGCAGCCGCCGCUGCGUCAGCCGCCGCGGUGGCCGCCUCAGCGGCCGGCAAGCUGGCGCGCGGACCCAGCCCGCUGCUGCACACCGCCGAGGCGGAGCUACGUGCUUCCGAGCACCUGAAGGUCAGAGGCGCCGCGGUCUUGGCUAGAGCUGAUGAGCUUCGACGACAACUGGAGCAAGCACGGAGAGGUGCAGACGUAGUGAGCGUGGAGCUACGGGCACUAGGGUGGAAGGAACGCGCUUUAGGAGGAGGCGGGAGUGGCGAUGGAAGCGAAGUCCGCGAGGUGCUGGGGCGGGCGGGCUCGCAGGCAGACCGCGUGUUCGUGCGCGCGCGCGCGCUGUACGACGAGGCGGCCGAGCUGCGGCGGCGCGCGCGCUACCAGCUGCGGCGCCGCCUGGCCGACCUGCAGCGCCUGGGCGACACCGCGCUGGGCGCGGCGCAGGAGCACGUGUCGCAGAUCCGCGGCAACACGAUACGCGGCGCUGAAGUGGCGGAGGCGCUGGCUGCAGCGGCGGCGGCUCGCGCUCGCGAGCACCAGCUCGCCGCCGCCGUGCUCGACGCACCGCUCGCCGCACUGCGGCACCGCGCUGCGCGAGCACGACACGCUGCUGCAUCCAUUUCCGUAUCGGUGACGUCUCCGCUGGCGGGCCCGGGCUGCGCUCGAGCGUUCGCGGUCAACGGCGGCGGCAGCGUCACUCGACUCGCACUCGCCGUGUCCUUCGACGGCAGCGUGCGGAAUGGCACGCUCCUACUGUUAAAAGACUUGGAAUCAGAACGCUACAUGAAACUAUCAGUGGAAAAAGAAAGACUACGACUAACUUGGGAUGUGGGCACUGGGGAAGGUGUGAUCACACAUCCUGAACAUUUACAACCAACCCACGACGAUGCCGACCACAUGUCCUACAGGAUAGAAAUUGAGAGAGUGUGGAGCACGGUACGUUUGAGAGUAGAGCGCGCGGGAGCGAGCGCGGUCAUGAGCAGCAACAGCACGGGCGCGGGCGCGGGUGCGGGCGCGGGCGCGCUGGCGGCGGGCGCGCUGUGGCUGGGCGAAGAGGCGGCGCCGCUGGCGGGCUGCGUGCACGCGUUGCACGCGGACGAGCGCGCGCUCGGCCUGUGGGCGUUCGCGCGCCAGCCGCCGGCCGCGCGCUGCGUCGCCUGCACGCACAGGUGGUACAGCGCGGGUGCUCGCGGCGAGCCGGGCAUGGCGUGGUUCGGCGGCGCCGGGUACGCCGAGCUGCGCCGCGCCGGCGCGCGCGCCGCCGAGCGACGACACUUCAGCCUCUCCUUCACGUUCCGUACGCGCGACGAGGACGCACUGCUCUUCAUGGCGCUCGAUGAGGCUAACAACCGGUCAGUGUCGGUGGAGCUGGUGUCGUGCCGCGUGGUGUUCCGCGUGGUGUACUCGCGCGCGCGGCUGGAGAUCGCGACGGGCGGCCGCCACUGCGACGGCCGGCCGGCGCACGUGCAGGCCAUACGCGUCUUCGCUGCCAACAAACUUGAGAAAGGCAGCCUGCGCGUGAACGGCGAGGAGACGCUGGGCUCGCCCUCGCCGCCCGUGCAGGAGGCGGCGGCGCUGCCCGAGCCGGCGGCGCGCUUCUUCGUGGGCGGCGCGCCGCCCGGCGCCCCGCUCGCCGCCCCGCUCGCCGCGCGCCCGCUGCUGGGCUGCCUCGGCGCGCUCACUGUCGACCGCCAGGGCUACGACCUCAUGGACACGCCCUACCGACACGACGUGGAACGCUCUUGCGGUGCUAAGGUAUAUGUGGCAAAGAAACAUCUUCAAUGCAGUAGGUUUCAACAGCCCUACGACCUCCAACGCGCAAACAUUAAAUUAAGCCAAUUUAAUAGCAUGGCGGAAGAUCAAAGGGCUAAAUGGAAAUGUGUGGUAUGUAGUAGUAAACAGCCGAAAACCGAUAACACAGAUACCCCGGUGCGUGUGGGCGUAGAAGGGGUCAAUAGAAAUAGAGGUGCAGCAGCGCUGACUCCUCAGGACUUAUUAGACGACAACAGAGCGCAGAGUGAAACUAUGCCAGCAAAAGAUCUGCAACUGCUUAUAGUGGAGGUACGUCAAUUCAAAGAAGAAAUGAGAGCCACACGUCUGCAAAUGGAAUUGCUGAAUGGUACUUUGGCUGCUCUGGCGCUCAGAAUUGAUGAAUCCGAUAGAAAAAUUGAAAAGCUAGUAGCCCGUGUGGGUCUUCUGGAAGAUCGUCAUGCUAAUAGUAGUACGUCGACCGAUGUUGGUUCUUUGCUGGAUACAAUUGAGCAACUUAAGUGCGAUUUGAACGAGCGUGAUCAGGAACUAUUGUGUAAUUAUAUAGAGAUAACUAGCAUCCCUGAAGAGAAGGGUGAAAACUUAAUACACAUUGUCACCACUUUGGCCGUGAAGUUGGGUGUCAAGCUUUCUGAGAAUGAUUUAAUCAGCGCCACACGCGUGGGAAUGACGCUGCGGUCGGCGAUAGUGAGUGAUGCGGGGUACAUCGAGCUGGCGGCACCGGCGCUGCGGCGGCGCAGUGCACUGGGCCUGUCGUUCCGAAGUCGUGCCGGUAACGCAUUGCUGCUGUGCCGCGCGCCCGCGCACACCGACAACACCGACGACAAUGAUGAUGUGGAUCCCGACGACGAUCAUUACCUCGCGCUGGCGAUGGUAGAAGGAGAACUGGAGGUGAUAGCGGCGGCUGGUAAGGGCGAACUCAGACUGCGCUUCAAUGGUACGAAGUUCAAUGAUGGAAGAACGCACACGGUGCGGAUCGUACGCGCUCAUAAACAGGUGGAGGUCUGGGCGGACGCGCGGCGGUUGGGCGCGGGCGCGCUGUCGGGCGGUGGGCUGGCGGCGCGCGCGCGUGGCCUGUACCUGGCCGGCGCGCCGCACGCGCUACGGAAGCCCAGUGCACUGCCCACCACUGGGCUCGCCGGCACGGUCGCCGACUUCAUCGUCGACUCUGAACUGAUCGGUCUAGAGAGCGCGGUGUCUUGGCGCGGCGCUCAGCUGGGCCGCGCGGAGAGCGAGCCGCGCGCACAGUCCGUGGAGCCGCACGCACUGCACACACAGCCCGAACAAGUCGGCUGCGCUAAGACAUCGUCGUACACGGUGGAGGCGGGCGCGGUGAAGUUCGGCGACGUGGCGGGCAGCCACGCCACGCUCAAGCUGCCGUCGAAGCGCGAGCUGAUGCUGGCGUUGCACUUCCGCACCUUCGCGCACGACGGCCUGCUGCUGUUGCUGCCGGGUUCGAAAACUAAACCAAAGCAUUACAUGGCGCUGAUGAUUCGCGAGGGUAAACUGAAGCUAAUAGUUCGCGGCAGAAGACGACGCGAACUGAACCUCGCCGCGUUCGUGGCUGACGGCACCUGGAGAGCUGUGUCUGUGCGCGUGGGGCGGUCGCGGCUGAUACUAGAGAGCGGCGGUGCGGCGGCCACGGCUCGCGCGCCGCCGCUCGCGCGCUCCGCCCGGCUCUACGUGGGCGGGCUGCCCGCACCCGCCACCGUACCGCAUCUACCCAACAGCAUCGUGCGCACGCGCGGGUUCGUGGGGUGCGUGCGGCGCGUGAACGUGAACGGGCGCGCGGAGGACCUGGUGCGCAACGCGCAGGCGCAUCGUGGCGUCGGCCAGUGCUUUCCCAACGUCGAGCGCGCCGCGUACUUCGCUGGUGACGCUUACGCGGUGUGGGCUACUCGAUGGUGGACCGAGGACAUGGAGUCGGCCGAGUUGAAACUCCAGUUUCGUUCUACUUCGCCCAACGGUGUGUUGCUUGCCUCUAACGGAUUCGUGUUGGAGCUUAAAGAUGGCGCGGUGUUACUGAGUGUGGGCGAGGCGAGAGUGACGUCACUGGCAACGAACGGGCGCGUAGCGUGCGACGGCACGUGGCACAGCGUGCAUGCGCGCGUUUCGCACUCCACCGCACUGCUGGCGCUCGACACGGAGCCGGAGCAGCGUGCCGUGUCGCCUGCCGCCUCCCCCGCCCCGUCGCAGGCGCCCGCGCCGCUCCACGUCGCCGCGCUGCCCGAAGGCGCUUCAGACACGGCAGAAGGGCGGGAGAACUUCAAGGGAUGCAUCCGCGACGUAAGCGUGGCGGGGCAGACUUUAGACUGGAGCGAAAUGGAGUCGCUGCAUAACGUAUUGCUCGACUCUUGCCCCAUACCGCAGUGA